UCGAUCAACUUUAACUUCCCACAAUUCCUGCGUGAAGAGGCUUCAUUAACAAACAGCAACACACCGACGGAGCUAACAUGUCAGACAAGAAGCAGACCGUAGAUCUGGGCUUGCUGGAGGAAGAUGAUGAGUUUGAAGAAUUCCCAGCUGAGGACUGGACAGGGCUGGAUGAAGACGAAGACGCUCAUGUUUGGGAAGAUAACUGGGACGAUGACAACGUAGAAGAUGAUUUCUCAAAUCAGCUGAGAGCGGAGCUUGAAAAACAUGGUUACAAGAUGGAGACAUCAUAGUGGCUGACAAGGCCUUUCAGUAUUCGGAGACAUUGGAUAUGGACAUUUAUAAUUCAAAAUUACUGGCUGACCACACACUGCAAGAAGAGUUCGGAAGAUGUUAAUUUGUUGCCAUUUUUUAUAAUUGAUGUUGGUGGAAGUAAAGUGUUUGGAAGAAAGUGUU